AUGGAAGCUGGCAGUGCCAGGCUGGCUCCACCUUGGAGGCCGAAAUCUGACUUGGAGGACGACUACUACCCCCAAGGGGGCUGGGACACGGCCUUCCUGGUCAUUCUGCUGCUGACGGGGCUGCCGGCCAAUGGCCUCAUGGCGUGGCUCUCGGGCUGCCAGGCCCGGCGCAGGGCGGGCAAGCGUCUGGCCCUCUUCCUGCUCAGCCUGGCCACCUCAGACUUCCUAUUCCUGGUGGCCACCGCCUUCCAGAUCAUGGAGAUUCGACUACAGGGUCACUGGCCCCUCGGAACGGCUGCCUGCCGCUUCUAUUACUUCCUGUGGGGGGUCUCCUACUCCUCGGGCCUCUUCCUGCUGGCCGCCCUGAGCCUCGACCGCAGCCUGACGGCAUUGUUUCCCCGGUGGUACCCCUGUCGCCGGCCAUCUCGCCUGCCCCUCUGGCUCUGCUCGGGGGCCUGGGUGCUGGCCACCCUGUUCAGUGUGCCCUGGCUCAUCUUCCCCGAGGCCAACGCUUGGUGGUACGACCUCGUCAUCUGCCUGGACUUCUGGGACACUGAGGAGGUGCCCCUUCGGGUCCUGGAGAUCUUGGGUGGGCUGCUCCCCUUCCUGCUCCUCCUGCUGUCCCACGUGCUGACCCAAAUCCAGGGGUGCCGCCUCCGCCGGCGGCAGCAGCCCCAGGAGGGCAGAGCUGGGCCCCCCCCAGCAGGCUUCUCCCGAGUGGCCUCCACCAUCCUGUCAGCCUACGUGGUCCUCCGUCUGCCCUACCAGCUGGCCCAGCUGCUCUACCUGGCUUACCUGUGGGACUUCUAUCCCGGCUACCUCUUGUGGGAGGCGCUGGUCUACUCGGACUACCUGAUGGUCCUCGACAGCUGCCUGAGCCCCUUCCUCUGCCUCCUGGCCAGCGCCAACGCCCGCGCGCUCCUGCACUCCAUGCUGUCCUCCUUCGCGGCUGCUCUGGCCGAAGAGCAGUUCGGGGGUGCCGGGCCUGUAGCCUCACUGCCAGCUCAGCCGGAGUCUGCCACGGUCCAGCUCCAGCCCAGCCCCACCUCCCAGGCCCAGCCCCAGGCCCACCCCACGGCUCAGGCCCAGGUGAACCCUCCCAGCCAGCCCCAGCCAAACCUGAUCGAUCAACCUCACGUCAACCCAACGGCUCAGCCCUCGGAAGUGCCUCCUACGUCAACCUGUGACCCCACGUCUGGCCUGCCCGAGGAGCAGCCCGCAGCCGCUCCCCAGGAGGGGCCGGCCAUAACCCCUGCUGCUGCCGGGGACAGCUCAGGGGAUGCCCCGCCAGAGACACCCCCCACCCCUGGCCCCUCUUGA